UAGGAGAGGAGAGGAGGGGAGGUGUGUGAGGGAGGAUCGUUAAGAUUUUCCAGAGACUUGUUGGAGUAGUUUGGUGUGGAGUCACCGACGGGAAGAACUCCAACAGUUAGUUUAGCUCCAGAGUCAGACUGGCUGUCUGAGGAAGACUGGGGGACUAACUAAACUAACCUUCCUCUCAGGUCAGAGAUAUAGUUUCACGCUUCAAAAACAGAUUUGCAUGAGGCGCGGAGAAGAACAAAACGAUGCCUUUUAAUGUCGAUAUUGUGUAGUCCGUGAUUUUGAAAAGAAGUUGGGAGAAAACCGGUUCUCCCUGGUACCCUACCGCCGCUUUUGUGUUUGUGAAUGGUGGGGUGUUUUUCCUGUUUGACAGGGCCGAUAGUCAAGGUUACAGCUGUCCAACACACAGGCUCCUCGUCCCCAAACCUGCUCAGAUGGACAUGAGAUAACACCACCAGAAGUUCAACCCUUGUCCGGAGCUUCAGCCAACCCCCGCAACCUCCCAUAUUCAGCCAGAAUGGCAGAUCCCACCGGGCUGAGCCCUGAAGGGGCGGGGGCGGGCAUAUCUGAGGUCAACGCCUGUAGCUUGGAGAUAGAGAGGAAGUAUGAUGUCAUCCCUGCAGUCAUCUGCUCCAUGUGUUGCCUGUUCGGCAUCAUUUACUGCUUCUUUGGUUACCGCUGUUUCAAGGCUGUCAUGUUCCUGUCAGGCCUGAUGUUCGGCUCUGUCAUCAUUUUCUUGCUGUGCCACAAGGAGCACGUGCUGGACACCCAGCUGAGCGUCGAGGCCAGUGCAGGAAUCGGCCUCGGUAUAGGCCUGCUGUGCGGUCUGGUCACUAUGCUGGUGCGAAGUGUCGGCCUCUUCAUGACUGGCCUGCUGUUGGGACUCCUCCUGGCCCUCGCUGCUCUGCUCGUCACUCACCAGUUCUACACUCCCACCACAGUCUGGGUGCCGCUGGGUGCUCUUCUGGGAACCGGCAUGCUGUUCGCUGUGCUGACACUGCAGUGGCAGAAGUUCUUCACCAUGCUCUCCACGGCUGUGUUCGGGGCAGCUAUCAUGACUGUGUGUGCUGAUUAUUUUGUGGAGAUGCUGGCACUGGCUACACAUGUGUAUGAAUGCUUGCGCCUCACACCCGGGCCGCCUCUCUGCUGGUACAGCUGGGUCAUCCUUGGCAUCUGGCCCGCCCUCAGCCUCAUAGGAGUCCUGGUCCAGUGGAAACUGACAGAUGACAGCUUCUCACACACUGAGGUUGUUAUCAGUCGGCGACAGAAGAGAGUCCAGCUGAUGCGGAUUCGAGAGAAGGACGCCAAGAAGCGACAGCAGGCAGGUGGGCAGGAAGGCACAUACCGUCGUAAACCCACCCCAGUGAAACGUUACGCUGGGGACCUACUGGCACCGAGCUACCUGCAAAGUCUGCGGGACAGACAGAUGGGCACAGGCACUUCCCUUAGCAGCCUGGGCACUGCCAACCACACCAUGAUCGACUUAGACUACGACACCGGCUCCACUGUGCCCCUCACAGCUACAACCCCAGUCGUCAGGGUCUGAGCAACACAGAGAUAACAGAGAAGAGACUACUUAAUGCUCUCUGGUUCCUCAACAGUGUCUCCCUAAUGUAGAGUAGAACCUAUAAACUGCUCCACUCAGCGAAGGGUUUUUAUCACCCUUAAACUGAUUUGGAGCGAGGAUGGAUUUUCUCCUAUCAGCGUGUGAGUCCUGGGUGAUGGUGAAAGAGAAUGCUGCUUUUUUGGGGGGAGAAAGCAGAAGUGUCAAGCUCCUGCUUGGUGACUGCUACAACCACUACAACCACUGUGUUUCUCAGAGAAACACUUAAAAACAGAUACUAACAAAGUAAAGUGAGGUCCUCCAUUUCCUUACAUUGUGUAUUAAAUACAUCACAGCAAGUACGAGCCGCAAAAACAGAUGUUUUUCUGUUUUGGUAGUGAAUAUGACAAAUCCAUUUGUUUGACAUGACAUGUACUGUACUAAAAAAGUUAGUCAUUGCCAUGAAGUGUUGUGUUAUUGCCUGGCUUACUGUGUAACUGUGUUGUCAUAGGAUUUAUGAUUGUGUGUUACCUUUUUAGAUGAAGCAUGUUUCAUGGUGAGUACAUGUAGAUGGAUACAUGGCGAUGAGUAUGUAAGUGAAGCAAAAACUAAAUGAUGCAAAUAAAAUAAACCGUUUGUAUUUAAAAAGCUCUUUGCAUGAGCUUUUAGCAGGAAGCUUUGUAGCAGCUCUCUAAUAAUUCUGUCACCUUUUUUGUUUUUUGCAAUGUAGCUCCUGUCAGAAUACAGUAGGUGAAGAUUUAAGACUGUUGCUUGUGGAGUAAACAUUUUAUAAUUUAUUUUAUAUAAUGACCAUUACCUGGUAGUGUUGGAAAAAAAGGACAAAAAAACAAAGCAUGUUUGAUGUUAAUUUGUAGAUUUUUAAAUAAUUAUCCACUUUGUUGUUUGAAUAUUUUGCAGGGGCACUUGUUACCUGAAUGUGUACAUACCU